GCAUCUCAGAGUAGGAGGGCUGAUCUAGGAUCAAAUUUGCCUUUUAGAUAAUAAUGACUACAAUUACAUGGACAGGGAGAGACCUGAUCCUAGAUCAGCACUGCAUGCAUGCCAGUUAAAACAGAUAUCUGGUGUAAGACUGAAAGGUAUUAUUUUUAUGCUAUAUUUCUGACAUCUUGGGUUAAAACCAAUGAAUGGGUAAAACAGUAAAGUUCUCCACCGCUGCUUGGCUAAACCACUCCCCUCUUAACCUCUAGUAUGACAUAUUUACUGAGCCUGAGAACACAACUGCGAACAGGGUAGUUUGGUGCGUCGGCAAAAGACACGACGUCGAUAGCUGGGAUAAAACGGAAGGAUUCUCCAACAACAAAUACAGCACCAAAAUGCCAAACUGGGGAGGAGGUAACAAGUGUGGUGCAUGCCAGGGGACGGUGUACCAUGCCGAGGAGGUGCAGUGUGAUGGGAAGAGCUUCCACAAGUGUUGCUUCCUCUGCAUGGUCUGCAGAAAGGGUUUAGACAGCAACAAUGUGGCCAUCCACGACACUGAGAUCUACUGCAAGUCCUGCUAUGGAAAGAAGUACGGCCCCAAGGGCUACGGCUACGGUCAGGGGGCUGGGACACUCAACAUGGACCGUGGAGAGAGACUGGGGAUCAAACCAGAGGAGACCCAGUGUCACAGACCCAGCACCAACCCCAACUCCUCCAAAUUCGCCCAGAAAUUUGGGGGCUCGGAUAAGUGCGGCCGGUGUGGGGAGUCAGUGUAUGCCGCGGAGAAGAUCGUGGGGGCAGGCAAGCCAUGGCAUAAGAACUGCUUCCGGUGUGCCAAGUGUGGGAAGAGCCUGGAGUCUACCACCCAGACAGAGAAAGAUGGAGAGAUCUACUGCAAAGCAUGUUACGCAAAGAACUUUGGACCCAAAGGAUUUGGUUAUGGCCAGGGAGCUGGGGCUCUGGUGCAUGCCAAAUGAUGACCACCAGCCACCCUCAAGACAAUAAUACCUUGUGUAUUUCUGACUGUGAAAACCAAUGACUCAAGUGCCUAUGCUUCUGUGUUUUUUUUAGAGGGUGGGGGAGGAUUUACCAUUUACAAAUACACAAUAAAUAAAUCUAUUUCAAAAAACAA